AAGAUGGCGGACAUGGUGUCUGCUUUUGAGGUUCUACCAGAUAAUAUCGUGCUUAACAUCCUUUCCUUCCUUUCUUGUGAAGAUUUAUGUGACAUACGUAAUGUUAACCAUAUGCUGAGAAGGCUUUCAUCUGAUAGGAGCCUUGUCUGGAAUUCAGAUUUUGAAGGAUGUUACAAAACGAGUGAGGAGGCAUUUGAGAUGUACAUUCAAGCUGGUGGUCCUCUCAUUCAUUGUUUGAACCUUAGUCACUGCUAUUGGCUGUCUGGACGCAGUGUCUCUAAUGCCCUGAAGCUGUGUAUGAAUCUCAAAGAACUGUAUAUCCUAGACAUCAGUCUAACUGCCAAGAAACUAAUCAAAAUUCUCUGUGGUCUUCCAAAUCUAGUCACGUUUGCCUUUACUGUCACCAAUAUGGAUGAGUUUGAUACAGAGUUGGAAGGGAAUAAUGCAGCUCGGCUUACAAUGAUGGGGAUCAAGCACCUCACCAUUCACUUUAAAGUACCCCUCUCCUUAAGGACAGAAGCAUCUAUCUCUGUGCAAUUCUUGCAGAAGAAAACCACAUUUUUCGAACAUUGUAGAGACUUGGAGAGCUUCCAUGUGCUAGGUCAUCCAAAUUUAGGUUGCGGUCUUCCAAAAUUGCUCCUACAACCCAAUGUAGACAAAGUUGAAAAUUUGAAAAAUGUGAAGGAGAUUUCACUGAACUAUGCAAUAGACCCAGCUGCUAGGAUAUUCUAUUAUGGCACGUUGCUCUCUGUGGCAAAACUACAGUUACAGAUGACUACUGUGCUAAAUCCCUCUGCAAACUUUGGAAGUCAAAUAAGGUCAGACUUUUGGAAUAUCUUUUGGAAGUCACAGUAUCAAUUGCAGAAUUUGGACAUAUCCAGUAUUUCUAUACAGAAGAUUUUCACACAUGUGUUUGAUCCAGAUGUUCCAAAACCAAACUUGCAAUACCUAAAUUUGUCUGACACCUACUUCACUACCACAGAAGGACCUACAAGUAACCUUACAUCACUUAUAUGUGUCUGCCCGAAUCUGAAGAGUUUGAAUUUGAGGAAUAGUCAGAUCAUCUUCACCAACCCAAGUAGAGAGAAGGUAGACGUAGCUGGAAUCUCUAGUCUUGUGUCAACAUGUCGCUGUUUGUCUGAAGUCAACCUAGGUGGGAUACACAUGCAUGAUCCGGAGGUCUUGUCCAGGGUGUCACAGCUGUUGGCUAGCUGUCCAGGUUUGAAGUCCUUAGCUGUUUCAUGUUGUUGCUGUAGUUACCAAAGUGCCAAAUGUAAAGUGUCUUCGGCCUCUGCUGGAGGAGGCCCACCGCUGAAGAGACAGAGAACAGGGGUAACUAGUGCCAAGGCAUUGCCCUCUACCUCAAGUCAUUGUGAUGAGUCUAAGCUCUGCCCAGAUGUGGAGACCGGAGGUCUGGAAUCCUUGGUCAGAGGCUGUCCAGGGAUGGUCAGAUUUGAACUGGUCAAUGCAGGGCUAACUAGACCAGUGAUUCAUCGGGGUCAAAAUGGACUCAUGCCAAAGUCCUGUGUGUACAAGCCAUGUUCUGAAUCAACAGCUCUCAAUGACCAGCGACUGUUCUGUAUCGGCAAGUGGAAACACCUUAAAUACCUCCAGCUAGCUGGCCUUCCAGGUAUCAUGACUGGAUCAUGUCUGGUUGCCAUAGCGACAGGCUGCCAUUUUUUAGAGCAGCUCCACAUUGCAUACUUAGGACUGAUGGGACACCCAAACUUUGCCCGCCAACUUUGCCAAGCCCUGCCAGAGUUUAAAGCUCUCAAAGAUCUCAGGGUAGAGCAUGGUUACCAGUCUGUGGACUCCCACUUCUGUAAGGCAGCCCAGUCCUGUAAGACACUACAGCGUGUGUGUGUUAUGUCCUGGGGAGGAACAAUCGACUCUGCCUCUGUUAUAUCCCUCAUUGCCAAUUGCCCCUCCCUUGUCGCUCUGCAGCUGUUCACUGAUGCCAAUAGGACACAAUGUCGGCGACUCCAGAAAGCUGUAGAAGACAGGUUUGGUUCAGUGCGUCCUGCCCUGAGGGUGUCCAUCUGGCCUCUGUUUGACACAGACACACCAAGUUUGAUGAACAACAUUCCUACAAAACAUCUUGAGGAACUCACCAUUUUCAGCUCCAGAGUCAGUGACAGACCACCAAAUUGGAAGUGGUGACCUGUUACCUUUUACAAGAUCAAAGAGGUUGCAUCCAGGAAGCAAUAAUCUUUCAAAGAUUAUCCAUAGAAGCAAUAGCCUCGCCAGUAGAAAAGGCUGACUUUUGAGUACAAAUGUAAAGGUAUUUCAGACCAUGAUCACAAGGGUCUAAGUCUGUGACCGGGCCACUCAUACAGAGGUGACUUACAGACAAAGUCAAACUCAGACUAACAAUAAAUAUUCUUAAUCUAAAUUAAAUGGAAGUGAUCAAUACCUUUUUUGAAAGUGUGAACUCUGACCUAUGGUGUCAAACUCUAACCUGAAGCACUAGUUUUCAUUAUGUGGCCAGAAUUUAGUCUUCAAAAUCCCAUAGUUUCACUUGAUAGGUAUCAGCACAGCAAUUGGUCAGUUUUUGAUGUCUAAAACCAAUCAUAUUGCUAACCUUUCAAUCUUGUCAUGACAUAUUUCAAUAGUGAAGAGAAUACCGUAAAUGGAUUUUGAAGAUGAAAUUUUGCUGUCAGAGAAAUUAUGACUGAAUGAAUGUAUAAUGCUUUUUUUGAAUGAAAAGUAAGAAAGGGAUUGAGGGUGGGUUGUGUUAUUGCCUAUGGCAUUAAUUAUGUAAUGUCAUAAACACUAUAAAAGUAGUAUUAUGCAGAGAACUUGGGCUCUAAGCAAUACUGAAAUGUUUCCUUCUUCAUAAAAACUUGUAGAAAGUCCUGUCUAUAUCCAACAAUUUAAGGAUAUCCCAAAUCAUUUACGCCGAGUAGACUGGAACAAGAGGCGUAAGGUAUCUUGUUCAAAGAUACAAUGUAGCGCUGUGACGUGACUCGAACCCGCAACCCUUUGGUAUCAAGCCCGGCGUCCUACCACUAGACUACUUUGCCUCCUUAAUGCACAUAAUCAUAUCCAAAAUGUGUUGUACACGUGUCAAUUUAGAUUGUUUAUUGAGAAAAAACUGAAUCACCAUUUUUAAAUUAGAUAUAUGUACAUGUAUUUACCCAUAUAUAGAUAAACCUAUUGAUCUAACUAAAAUAUGGUAGCAUACCUUAAAAUCAAGUAUGUAACAGCUCAAAAAAGAAACAGUUUUUAGCUCACCUGGUCCAACGGGCCAGGUGAGCUUAUGGCAUGGUGCUGCGUCUAUCGUCUGUCUUCCGCCCGGCGUUAAUCUUUUACUUUAAACAACUUCUUUUGAAUAACCAAGAGGCCCAGUAUUACGAUAUUUGGCCAGUAGCAUGCUGGGA